GGCAGCUCCGCGGCCAAUAAGGCUGGAGCGGGGGGCGGGGUUUGUGCACUGGCGGGAAGAUGGCGGCUGUGGCCCUGUAUGAGUUGCUGGAGAGACUGGGCUGCCCGGCCUUGGAGGGCGUUUUCCUGUCCAAGCCUGAAGACAUCCAGCGGCUGCUGUGUUCUCCCUCGCCCCAUCGCCUGGAUAUACUGGAAUGGAUCUGCGUCAGUGUGUAUCCACCCCUCCAAGACCAGUUUUCGUCGCUCAAGGAAUCACAGACAGAUAUGAAGAUUAAAGAUAUGGCGAAGCUGGGGUCCGACCUGAUGCUGUGUCGCGUCGAUGACCUGGAUCUCAUUGAGGGAAAGGCCAGCGUGGAGAAACAGCUCUGUUUCCUCAGCCGGCUGGUAGCCGUGAUUCCAACUCGGGAAAGUAUCGAGAUCUCCGACUCUGGAUCUUUCUCCAGCACUUUUUCAAGCCAAGACGAGUCUUUUCGAGAGAUGGUGAGGAAGAAUGAAAGAUUCCUGAAGGAGGUGUUCUGCAGCCCGAAUCUUCAGGCCGUGCUGAGCCCCGAAUCCCAGCCCUGGAGCUCGGACAUCAACUCUCUCCUGCUGCGUGAAGAGGCGCUCCAGAAAAGGUCCCGCCUCCCAGUGGCCUCCCAUGAGAGAACUCUGUUGGAGGUCUCAAAGGAGCUGGAGGAGACGGCAGCUGCCUUGCAAGAGCUAAGGUCACAGUGCUCCUUCCUGAGCGGGAACCCGGACGGCACCGAGCAGCCGCUCGACAGUGCCACGGCCCUGCAGACCCUCAAGCUGGCCGUCUCCGACUUCGGCCAGCUGCUGGUGGCCUUUGAGCAGGUGUACGAGAGCGAGUGGAAGAGGCACUGCGAGCGCCCCGCCCCCCGGCUCAGCCCCUGCGGGCCCCUCUUCAAAGCUGUGCAGCGGGAUCUUUCACUCAGCAUCCAGGAGUUGACAAGCCUGGCCCAGGUCAUGGAAACAUCUGAGAACAUCGUAACUGUGGUGGACCGGCAGCAAGAAGAGAAGCUGGCGUGGAGGGGCUCCGCGAAAGCCACGUUGCCUUCAAAGCUUGAAGAGCUGCAACGGAAAUACAAGGCCAUCCGCGCCACGCUCCACAAACUGAGCAACACGGAGGCGACCGUCUCACUGUGAAAAGGGUCGAGUGACACCCGGUACAGGAUCCAGGCGGUGGAAACCCUGCUUGUGUGCGCGUGUGUGUUUUCUUCCUAUGUACAGAAAUUAAUGUGGUUAAAAAGAGUUUCUUUGUA